AUGAAUGGAUCCGACAUCAAGAAGGCUGCAAUCCAAAAGGCAAAGCAAGUCGCCCAAUCCGCAACCAGCGCUGCCAACGGUACCAACGGCAAGAAGCGCAGAAAGCAAGAACUGAAACCCAUCGUCACCACCGAGCAGCAAGAGGCCGCUUCAGGCACAACCGCAUCGCCCAUGAGCUACCAAAAAUCAACAACCAGCACCCGUGACGUGAGCCCGUCCGGCUCAGAUUCAUCCUCGCUUUCCGGUGACGAGCAAACCGAAAACACGGCCGACGAGGAGGAUUCUGAGGACUACUGCAAGGGCGGCUACCACCCCGUCCAGGUCGGCGAACAAUAUAACAACGGCAAAUAUACAGUCGUGCGCAAGCUGGGCUGGGGUCAUUUUUCCACCGUCUGGCUCUCGCGCGAUAACGUCACCGGCAAGCAUGUCGCCCUCAAGGUUGUGCGCUCUGCCGCCCACUACACAGAAACUGCCCUGGAUGAGAUCAAGCUGCUCAACAAGGUCGUCCAGGCCAACAUGGACCACCCUGGCAGGGCACAUGUAGUCAGCCUGCUCGACUCGUUCAACCACAAAGGCCCUCACGGUAUGCACGUUUGUAUGGUCUUCGAAGUUUUGGGUGAGAACUUGCUGGGCCUGAUCAAGCGCUGGAACCACAGAGGCAUUCCCAUGCCGCUGGUCAAACAGAUUACCAAGCAGGUCCUGCUAGGACUCGACUACCUCCACCGCGAAUGCGGCAUCAUCCACACCGAUCUCAAGCCCGAGAACGUCCUUAUCGAAAUUGGUGACGUCGAGCAGAUUGUUAAGACCUAUGUUCAAGAAGAUCCCAACAAGGCAAAGGACGAACACCGCAAUGGCAGGAGGAGGAGAAGAACCCUCAUCACCGGCAGUCAACCUCUACCUAGCCCGCUCAACGCCAGUUUUAGUCAGACCGACCUGUCAAGCCUUAACAAGCUCAUGGCAGAGCAAGGUAAACCUGUUCCAAUCACGGGCCCAAGCCCCAGUCCGAGUCAAGAUGUUGAAAUGAGUGGUGCUGCAGGCGCAACUUCUCCCACAAAAUCCAUGAAAGAAUCCCUCGGCAUUUCAGACGAAGCAGCGCAAAAGGAGCGCGAAAAGACUGCUGACAUCCUCGCAAACAACGUUUCCGGCAUUGAUCUUGGAAAGUCUCCCCCAACCCCAUCAUCAUCGACCAAGCCAGCCGAGGAGGUAUCGUUCGACACAAUUUCGGUCAAGAUUGCCGAUUUGGGUAAUGCAUGCUGGGUUGGUCAUCACUUCACAAACGACAUUCAGACACGACAGUACAGAUCACCAGAGGUCAUUCUUGGAGCAAAGUGGGGUGCCAGCACCGAUGUCUGGAGUAUGGCUUGCAUGGUUUUCGAACUCAUCACUGGCGACUACCUCUUUGAUCCUCAGUCUGGCACCAAGUACGGUAAGGAUGACGACCACAUUGCUCAGGUCAUUGAACUGCUCGGCACAUUCCCGAAAUCGUUGUGCGUGUCAGGAAAAUGGUCGCAAGAGAUAUUCAACCGCAAGGGCGAGCUGCGCAACAUCCACCGUCUACGCCAUUGGGCCUUGCCGGACGUGCUGAGAGAGAAAUACCAUUUCAGCGUCGAAGAAAGCAAGCGCAUCGCCGAAUUCCUGUUACCCAUGCUCGAGCUCCAACCCGCAGACCGCGCCAAUGCCGGAGGUAUGGCAGGCCACGGCUUCCUGGAAGGUACAAAGGGCAUGGAUGGCGUCAAGCUGGAAAUUGAGCCAGGCACCAAGGGCGAAGGCAUUGACGGAUGGGCCACAGAGAUUAAGAAGCAACGGUAG